GAGAGGUGCAUGGGAGGCGCAGACAAAAAGGUAGAGAAAUGUAACAGAAAACAUUGAGAGGCGAAUAGAAAUCCACUCAUGAUACCCCGGGUGUAAAUGUGUCAAAGCCUACAUGAAGAAAAAAAAGUUUUGAGUUGAACAAGAAGUGCGUAGAAAGGAGAGAGGGAGGGAUGGGGGCAUCGGUGCGCGCUGGGAACCGUCCGAACAACAGCAGAAAGACGGAUAUUCUCUGCCUCAGGACACACCCUCCAUGCUCUCUCUCUCUCUCUCUCUCUCUCUCUCUCUCUCUCUCUCUCUCUCUCUCUCUCAUUGUUUCCCACACUUGCUCUGUCGCCGCUGGGCUUCGUAUCGGCUUGACAAAUGACCAGCGAGCUGCUUGGAUGAGAAGAGCGCAUAGUGAAGUCAUUCCGCUGGAGAGACGCAACUUUAGUGGCAGCUUCGUCAAGGCAGCUUUGCGCAUCGCAAAAGAGGACGAAUUCAGAUGCAAUUCAUAUUUUCUGCAUGCGAGACACAAGAAGAGAAGAAGAGAGAGUGCCAGCUAAUUAGGAUGAGAGUUCAAGUCAACUGAGCCGGCAGAUUGGACCCUUAAAGCCUCUUAACGCAGGUGGUGGGCGGAAUACAGCACGAGGGGAGUGUGUUUGAAUUGUGUUUGUGUGCAUGUAUCACUCCCAGUGGAAUUACACUCUGGACACAGCGGCAAAAGGAGGGGGUGAUCAGGUGUGUUUAGUGUAUGGGUGGAUGCAAGGGGGUAAAUCCAAGAGGAGACAGAGGUAGUUAUGGAUUCUCUGACCAGGACGCGAUGAAGAAGCUCUGUGGGAGUUCCUGGAUUUAAGAGCGGCGAAAAGGAUAGCUGGAAAGACGGGCGGACUCAGGGAGCAAGAAGGAGGAGGUGGAGGAGAAGAAAGAGGAGGAGGAGGGGGACACCAGCAUCGCCAAAGCGCACAACACGGUCCCCAGUCCCUUGACGCAGGGAUGGAGAGCACGAGAGCGCACAGGAAAACUCUGCUGAAUAUGACAAACAGGAGGGGAAAGAUCACUGGAUCAACGGCCAUGAUGAGUGACCCACCCAAGGGACACCUCCACCUGCGGCGGGCUGUGAUUUUUCUCCUUGCGCUCACUAUACAACCGCAGGUUGUUUGUGCUGUCGGGAUGUUCGAGCUUCAGAUCCGUCACUUCCGGAACCCGCACGGAAUCCUGCAAAAUGGAGACUGCUGCGACCUCCCAGCCAUUGGGGGGCAGCGCUGCUCUGCCAGGGACCAAUGUGACACAUACUUCCACGCCUGCCUCAAGGAGUACCAGGCCCGGGUCUCACCCACUGGAACCUGCACCUUUGGGUCAGGCAGCACAGGGAUUCUGGGUGGAAACUCUCAGUCACUCCACCACCGAGGACACGAGGGAGGAGGAGGAGGAGGAGGAGGCGAGGAUGGGACUAAUGGACACAUUGUCAUUCCCUUCAAGUACGCCUGGCCAAAAUCCUUCUCUCUGGUGUUGGAGGCUCUGGACUUCGACAACGGCACGUCAGAGUCAGGUCAGAUGAUUGAGCGAGUCCUCCUCUCCUCCAUGUUGAACCCUGGGGAGCAGUGGCAGACGUACAGACACCACGGGCGCGCUCUCAGCAUGGAGUAUCGGCUUCGCUUCCGCUGUGACUCGAACUACUACGGUCCUUUCUGCAACAAGUUCUGCAGGGCCCGCAACGACUUCUUCGGUCACUUCAACUGCGACCCCAGCGGCUCCAAAGUCUGCAUGGAGGGCUGGACUGGACCAGAGUGCGAAGAGGCAAUGUGUAAGCAGGGGUGUCAUCAGGUCCAUGGUUCCUGUACUGUCCCUGGUGAAUGCAAGUGUCAUUAUGGCUGGAAGGGCCCUCUGUGUGACCAGUGUGUGACAUUCCCGGGCUGUGUGUACGGAAGCUGCGCCGAGCCCUGGCAGUGUGUGUGCGACGUUAACUGGGGAGGACUGCUGUGUGACAAAGAUCUCAACUACUGUGGCACCCACCAGCCCUGCAGGAAUGGUGGGACCUGCACCAACACAGAGCCAAACGAGUACCAGUGUGAGUGCCAGGAGGGUUUUAAAGGACGAAACUGCGACAUAGUGGAACACGCAUGUUUGUCAUUCCCAUGUAUGAACAAAGCUACCUGUGUAGAGGACCCAACCGGCUUCAGCUGCAUCUGUCCUGAUGGCUGGACCGGACCGACCUGCGCUGAAGCGGUGAGGCAGUGUGAUCGGAGCCCCUGUGGACGUGGAGCAACGUGUGAGGAGACUCCUGGAGGUUACCGCUGUGUCUGCCCGCCAGGGUGGACUGGACGCACGUGCCAGCUGGACACCAAUGAGUGUGAAAUGAAUAUUUGCGUCCACGCCCGCUCUUGUCGCAACCUGAUCGGUGGAUACCUGUGUGACUGUCUCCCUGGAUGGACGGGGUCCAACUGUGACAUCAGGAACAGCAGCUGUCAGGGUUUGUGUUUGAACGGAGGACAGUGUGAGGACCAGGUGUCAGGGUCCAGAUGCUUGUGUCCACCUGGUUUCUCUGGGAAAUAUUGCCAAAAUCGUCCAAAUGCCUGUGAAAGUACCCCUUGUCUGCAUGGAGGACAAUGUGUGGAGAAGGAUGGACGGACCGUAACCUGCAACUGUGCCCAGGGAUAUUCAGGAAGCUUUUGUGAGACGCCUUUAGAUCUAUGCAAUCCCAACCCCUGCCAGCAGGGGGUAUCCUGUCACAUCAUAGAGGGAAGGUACAUUUGUGCCUGCCCUGAGGGUUACUAUGGUAAUGAGUGCAUGAGCAUCAAGAAUCCCUGCAUUGGUCAACACUGUCCAGGAGCCAUGUCUGACCCCACACACCGGGGUAUCAGCUUCUACAUCAUCCUGGUGGGCAUCUUAGCUUUAGUGACAGUGUGUGGCUGUGCUGCCUGUGCCUUCAUCCUCUCCCACCUCCAUCGGAAGAGGAAAAAGCAGCAGGCUGUCCCACAGGAAGAAGGCAUCAACAACCAGAGGGAGUUUGCCAACCUCAUCAGAAAUGUGGACCGUCCCGUGCCCCUCCUGCCCCCCGCCGUCCCACCCUCACAGCCUCCAGCCCCUCCCCCCGUCACACGAUGCUACGAGGAGAUUGAACUGACCCUGCCACCCUCACCCGCACCUUCACACCCCUCUCCGGCACUGAAGCCAGCUCACGGGCCCAAACUGGACAUUUCAAACCGUGAGAGGGAAAAGUUGAACCGCUUUUACUACACAGACAGCCAGGAGGUGGAGGCCUGAUGUUGAAAAGGAGCUCCUUUCUAAGCUUCACUUCUUUGUUCUUCGCACUGUCUCGCUCACAGAGACCUGUCCCCAGUUUCUUGCACUGCUGCAGUCAUGAAAAUGGAGAGACCCUUUUACCUUUAUGUGCUCAGAUAGUUACCUGAGGAGUGAAGGCUGCUAAGUAGAGGCUCAAAAGUCUUACUGUGUCAUUUUAUUUGACCUAUUAUCUACAAAUACGAGAAGCAGCAAGUGCGUGAAUUUUGACUGAAACACUCAUCUUGACUCUUGUAUUUUGGAGACCUACAGACUUGCCUCGGAGUGCCUGAGAUACUGUUAAGAGAAAAAAGAGGAUCAUCCUCUGUAGGAACCUGUUUUUGUGGUCCAUGAUGCCAUUUGAUUUGUGUUCAGACUGAACUCUGACUGAUCAAGAUCAAUGAAUGGAUGCUUAUUUAACACUUGGUGUGUUUCUGUGUCUGGUUGUGUGUAUGUGUGUGUGGCCGUGAAAUAGAGAGUGUUUUAUUAUGAGUGUAUGUGUUGAAAAAAGAAAGGAUAAAGACAAGAAAAGACAAAGUUCAUACACAUGUCAAAAAGAGAGUGAACUCCUGCUCCAGAGGCAGUGUUUUCAAACUAUACACUGUUGCCUAAUGUCUCUGAUAUAUCACAGUUUGUUAAAGAUGUAUGAUUUUUUCAUACCUGUGUGUAAAAUAGCUUUUUUGUACAUGAAUAUAUUGUACAUAUUGAUGCUCUUUUUGUACUGUGGUUUGGUCGAAACAUAUCACUUUAAUACUGUGCUCUGUUUGUCCCAUUUCACUUUCUAUUUGGAGCAACCAGCACAUGUGGAUCGUAAUAAAAGUGCAUUUACCAAUUA